AAAAAGGCCUGACAUCCACAUCUUGUGCUUUAGGUAAUGGACAACACAGACAUCCACUGUGUGCCCAACACCUUGAUGAUCGUGGGUCUGGCUUCAAUGGGCAUCAACUACUUUGCCAGUCGAAUCUGCCAGGAUGCCCUGGAUCCCGGCCGUUUCCCGCGAUGGAAGACCUACCUGAAGUCCUUUUUUGGAUGCUCGGUCUUCUUCAGCACCCUCAUGCUGCUUUCAGUCAUCCUGAGUUACGCCAUGAAGGGCAGCCUGGAGUCCUCGCUGAAGAUCGGGCUGAAGAACGGCAUCCGCUUCUACAAGGACACCGAUACCCCCGGCCGCUGCUUCCAGAAGCAGACCAUCGAUCGCCUUCAGAUGGAGUUCCAGUGCUGCGGGAACAGCAACUACAAGGACUGGUUCGAGGUGCAGUGGAUCAGCAACCGUUACCUGGACUUCAGCUCGAAGGAAGUCAAGGACCGCAUUAAGAGCAAUGUGGAUGGCCGAUACUUGAUCGACGGUCUGCCCUUCAGCUGCUGUAACCCUAGUUCUCCCAGACCCUGUAUCCAGUACAGAAUCACCAACAACACCGCCCACUACAACUACGAGCACCAGACCGAAGAGCUCAACAUCUUCAUCCAUGGCUGCAGAGAAGCCCUGGUCAACUAUUACAUGGGGUUGAUGAACACGAUUGGAGCUGUAGUUCUGUCCGUCUUUCUGAUUCAGUGCUCAGUGUUGGCCAGUGUGCGCCUCCUGCAGACGUCUAUGGAGGCCGUGGCUGGACAGGAGAAUGUGGAGAUCGACACCGAGGGCUACUUGCUUGAGAAGGGAGUGAAGGAGACCUUCAUGGAGUACGUGGAUCCUGUGCUGAAGCUCCUGUUGCUGAACCAGGUGGCCCCUCCUGAAGCCAAACCGGAAGCAGGGGCCGCCAGCUAAAGAGUCAGAUUCACCUGAUCAGUUUUAAUGACCUACAUCUCAAAGAGUCGUGUACAUCAUUAAUACACUAAAAUGGUUGUUUCUAAAAUACAUUAACAGUAUCAACAUUUCACCCAAUUUCAUUAGAAGUCUUUUGAACGAUGAAUGAUUCCACUCUUACGUUUCAUGGCAAAUAUAUGAUAUCGCGAGCCUCGUGAUGAGUAAACAUCUGUUCAUUCCUGUCGGGAGAAACUCGCCUGGGAAAUAACUAGCAAUAUGCUUAAAUCUCCACUAUGAGUGGUUGAAUAUGUGAGUGACGGUGCAGUUUCUUAACAGAAAGUUCUAUUAUAAUUCUUUCCCGUUUCUUUACAAAAUCAUGUCAUAUGCCUGAAAGAGGCUGAUAUUGCCUGUUUUGUAAUACCAAUGCUAUGGAUGUUUGUAAAUGAUUGGAA